AUGGAUUCCCUCAGCCUUCCCUCCAACAUCACCAUCCUCAUCAUCCCGGGCUCAUGCUCGCCCGCACCCCUCUACUUUGCGCUCGUCUCCAACCUCCAAGCCAUCUCCGGCAUCGACACCGUUGUCUAUGGUCUCCCAUCGGGCAACCGCCUCCCGCCCGAGGAACCAGCGAGUCUCGCCGACGAUGCAGCCUUCAUCGGCUCCAAGAUCAGAGAACUAGCCGAUGCUGGCAAAGACGUCAUCCUUGUACCUCAUAGCUACGGUGGACUCGUCGCCGGCGAAGCCUGCCACACACUCGCCAAAGACGAGCGAGCAAAGGCCGGCCUCCCGGGCGGUGUCGUCCGCAUUGUGUACCUGACCUGCGUCGUCGCCGGACCCGGUGAGAGCAGCAGUGAUGCCUGCGCCCAGCUGAACUUUGACUGGCUGCUGCCGCUCGAAGGGAGCGACCAGUUCAUCUACAACACCGACGCUGGCGCCUCGCGCGUCCUCUCCGACCUCCCGCCCGACAAAGGCGUCGAGACGAUCCGCAAAUUCAGCCCGCAGUCGACCCGCAGCUUCACCGACAAGGUGGUCCACGAUGCGUUCCGCCACAUUCAGGCCUCGUGGAUCCUGUGUGAGCAGGACGCCGUACUGCCGCCGGACUGGCAGAAGGGAAAGAUCGAGUUUUUGAAGAGCGUGCGGCCGGAUAAGCGGGUUGAUGUGUUGAGCUUGGAUGCAGGGCAUUGUCCGAAUGCGAGUGAUCCGGAGGGGGCCGCGAGGAAGGUGCUGGAGGCUAUUGCUGUGAAGUAG